CAGAUCUGCUCUAGGGUUUCUCCUCCACACACCGCCCACCCCUACCAGAUCUGCCUGCUGCUGAAGGGUCUCCCUCCCCAUCCCAGCACACCUGAUUCACUCCUACCAGAUCUGCUUUAGGGUUUCUUGAGGCGAAGUUGGAGUUGUAACCGUUGCAGCACGCUUCGUGCGUCAGCUUAGGCGAGCUGCUCUGCAGUGAGAAAGAGUCAAGCUCGUCCUGCCAUGCUUGUUUGCAAGCUCAGUGAAGAUUCGCAUUCGAUCGCCAGUCUCCGUUUCUUAAGCGUUUUCGUUCAGUGUGGCUUUUAGCCGGGAAUGGCCAAUCGCAACAGGUUCACCAGCGUUAACUUAAACAGCUCGUUCGGAAAGCAAAGCUCAGGUCAGUCUCAAGGCGGAAGCAGCCAUGGCAGCGGGAAAUUCGGGAAAUCUGCUUCGUCCGGUGGAAUGGUCGUUUUGGGGAAAACGGGACCAGGGUCAACAUCGAUCGGAUCUGCGCAUAAGUCACGGCUAGUCGUUCCGAAACCGGUAAACUUGCCGUCGUUGCGGCGAGAGCACGCAGGAAACGACCCAUCCGUCUCUUUGGUCCAACCCACCGGCAUUGGAUCCGGGUGGCAGAAACCUGUCCUCGUUUCAGACGGAUCCGUUACCGAUCCCGCAUCAACCAAACCACCCGGAUCCACGUCAUCACCGUCUGACGUCAAUGCUGCUCCUGGACAGCAAGGCGGAUCACAAUCUCCCGCAAUUCCCGGAGCUGAUUCCGGUGAUGCUUUCCGCGCGACACGUCCGGGGGUGUAUCAGCCCCCUGGAGCCCGAAGCGGCAUCGGAAUGGCAUCUGCUGCACCUUCCGUGAAACCCGUUCCUCCCGGGCGGCAGAACGAGCCGUCCAUAAUCAUCAGCGGGGAGGAUUUCCCCUCGUUGGAAGCUGCGAAGAAGGUGCAGGCGAAGGAGCACUCCCGGGGGAAGAGCCCCCAGCCUCCGGUGUCCGGAGGAGGGGGAGGGUACGGGGGAGGAGCUUCCGCCGAUAAGGCAGAUAAGGCGGACGGUUCCGGGAACGGCAGCGGCCGCGGCAGCAGCAUCGCUGUAGGAGCGGGACAGGAGGCGGGGGGAUCAGGGCCAGAAGGGGGGAGCAGCAGGAGUAGCAGGGGAGGGAUGGGAGGAAUGGGAGGUGUGGGAGGUACGGGGCUUCGUUGGGCGGAUGACGAGCCUGAUCAAGAGCAGGACGAUCGGGCGCCGCUUGGAAAACCUUCCUUUAGUCGAGACAGGCACGAGGAGCCGAGUUUCGCUCGCGGAGGGCCCGGCGACGCCGGCGGGCCUAUGCGACCGGAUCCGUUCGCGGGGCCUGUACGACCGGAUCAGUUUCGCCUGCCGUCGCCGCCCCGUCGCAUGUGGGCCGACGACGAGCGAGACUCGGGGCCUCCACGCGGAAUUCCAGGUCCUAGGGGUAACAACGCACCGUACUAUAACGAAUCCAGAGGUCCUGGUGACUUCAGGGGCUCCGGCCCCGGCGGGUAUUUUGACGAGAGGGGUGCGAGGGACGUUGGAGGAGGGUUCGGGGGCCCGGGCCAUUGGGAUGGGCCGCCCCCUUAUGCCAUGAGUCAAGGCCCCAUGGGUCAAGGUCCCAUGGGUCAAGGUCCAGGUCCCAUGGGUCCAGGUGCUAUGGGUGCAGGUUCGAUGGGUCCUAUGGGUAGGGGCAGGGGGUAUAGGGACGGACCGCCAGGGGGCGUUAUGGGGCGGGGGGGCCGCGGUGGGGGUGGGGGUGGAGGUGGGGGGGGUGGGAUCGGAGGGCCCGGGUAUCAGCCUGAUUUCGACCGCUUCGGCCCCGGAUUUCCGGGGAGAGGCGGCGGUUACGGUGGCGGGUUCGGCGUUGGGUCUGGCGGUGGGCGCAGCGACCUGCAUUCGCGGUCGUUCGGUCCCGGGGGCCCGCGGGAGCGCGGAGAGAGGUUUCUGGAAGCUGACGUGUCCCUGCCACGUCUGGAGUUCCACUCGCUGCCACGUGUCGGCGUGGAGCCCCCGCCCAGCCUGGGUCUCCUUGCGCUGUCGCGGAAAAAGAAGGUGGAAGCGGAAGCCGCCGCUAGCGAAUUCCGCGAUCUGGAGCGAGAGAGGUUCGAGGCGGAAUUAGAGAGGGUUCAGAACCAGAAAGAGCAGGAGAAGCAGAGGAAAGAAGAGGAGGAGCAACGCGCGAUCGAGCUAGCGCGCCAGCAGGAGGAGGAGUCGGUGAGGAGGGCGCGGGAGGAGGAGGAGUUGCGCCUGCGCGCGGAGCAGGAGGCGGCGGAAGCCGCCAUGCGCGCGCGGAUGGAGGCGGAAGAGGCUGCGCGGAGGGUGGAGGAGGAGCGGCGGAAGGUGCAGGCGGAGAAGCAGCGGAUACUGGAGGAAGAGGAGAGGCGGAAGGAGAACGCGCGGAGGAAACUGCAGGAGCUCGAAGAGAGAAUCGCCAAGAGGCGGGCGGAGGAAGAGGCGAGACGAGCGGAAGGGGGAGGCGAGGGGGAGGCGCAGGAGGGAGGCGCGUGGGAGGAGAAUGCGGGGGAAGAGCAGGAGCAUGUGGCGGAUAACUGGGAAGACGCGGACAGGGCGGAAGCGGAGGGGGGAGUAGGCAGGGCAGCGGCGGUAGCAGCGUUGGGGGAAUCUGAAAAGGAGGGGCAGGUGGUAGGCCAAGUGGUGGAGAAAACAAUUUCGGAGUCCCCAGAACCGAGCGCGGAGCGAGCGAUCGGCGGUCAGGAGAAUGGGAGGCUCGGUGACGAGCAAGCGGGGGGAGAAGGUGAUAUGCGGAAGGCGAACGGUGGGGAGGGCUUGGGGCUGGAGACGGCGGAAGCGGAGAACGAUCAGGAGAAGCAGGUUAGUCAGGAGAAGCAGGAGAAGCAGCUUGAGGGGGAAGCAGAGGAGCAGCAAGAGCAGCAGCAACAGCAGCAGCAGGCGGCAGGCGAGGGCUUGCAGCAGAGCAAAGGGGCCCCGGAAACCGCUCCCGGGGGUGAUCUACGCGGAAUGGACCCCUACCAUGCGCCCUACCCCUCCCGCCACCCCCCCGGCGCGGGCCCCAUGCUCUCCCCCUUCGCCUACAACCAACCGCCGCCGCGCUUCCCCGGGUCCCACUUAGACCACCAUGGCGCGCAGGAGCGAUAUUUAGGUGAGCGGCAGCAGGACGUAUGGGGAAUGGGGGGCAUGGGGGGCAUGGGGGGGAUGGGUGAGAUUGGUGGGGGGGGCGGUCCUGGAGCGGAGGUAGGGUUUGCGCCUUGGAAGAUACACCAGCAGUUCUUUCCGCCGGGGAUGAUUGGGCCUGGGGGGGGGUUCCCUGGGGCGUCGCAUCUUCUGGUCCCGCCGCACCACGCGCACGCGCAUCCGCAGGCGGCGUACGCGCAGGGGCACGCGCAUCCGCACGCGCACGCACACGCGCUUCAUUCCGCGCCUGGAAUGCCCCUUUCGCAGCAUCAGCACCUGCACGGGCAACAGCCCCCGCUGCUGCACCGCCCUGUCUCCAUUUCCCCCCCCUCCUCCUCGUUUUUCGGUAACGGGGAUAUCACCCGCGGGUUUCACAUGCUCGGGGGCGGGGGCGGUGGGGGCGGCGGGGGGCAUUCCGCCAUGGGGAUGGGCCCGGGGGGACCAGCGGGCGGGGGAGGGCCGUUUGCGGGCCCGCCAGGGGUCCCCCCAGGCGGAGGCCCCCCAGGUGCGGCGCACCAGUUCUUUGAUAAGUCUGUGGGCCCCACCCCCAUGCGCAACCAGUUCAUUGGCGGACCAGGCCCCGUGGGGAGGUUUCCGCCAGCGAUGGGCGCGGGGAACCCCAUAGGCGCGGUUGGCGCAGCUGCGGGGGGAGGGGGAGGGUUUGGGCGGAGUGCAGUGGGGGUGUAUCAGGAGCGGAGGGGGGAUGGUCCGGGGGGGAAUUAUUAUGGGCGGGAAGAUGCGGGUUUGGCGGAUAGGAGGUGGGGGGCCCCUGGGGAUCACCUAGAGGGGCGGAGGGGACCUAUAGGACCAGAAGUUGGUUACUCUCAGCAGCAGCAGAGGCAGCAGCAUCAGCAACAUCAGCAGCAGCAGCAGCAGCAGCAGCAGCAGCAGCAGCAGCAGCAGCAGCAGCAGGGUAUGGUUGCCUCGCAUCAGGAUCAGCAGCAGCAGCAGAAGCAGCAGCAGCAGCAGCAGCAGCAGCAGAAGCAGGCACCACUACCCGCACAGCAGGAGGGGGAGCAGCAGCAACCACAGGAGCAGCGAUCGGAGCAGCAGCAGGCGCCACAGCAGCAAACAGCAGGGCCAGCGGGAGACAAAUCUUCGGCUGCCACGUCAGCAGACGUGGAGGACGAGCUUGGCGCGCUUCUCGCCUCAAAGCUGGAGGUCAAUGCCCAGGACCAACCCAAUGCAGCGGGGACCAAAAUAUCUACAACGGCCACGUCAGACGCUGACGUCACCAAUGCCGCCACGUCAUCAAGCACAGUGAUUGUGCCAGGUGGUAGGACCAGUGGUGUAACGCCAUCUACCUCCCCUGGUCCGCACCUCCCCUCAGCUUCUGCGGCUACUCUUGCUCCCAUCACCCCCUCCGUCUCCUCCCCUGUUUCCCGAACCCCUAUUGGGCCAGACUCGUCUCUAGGCCUUUCCUCUCCUUCCCAAACCCUCUCCCCGCACUCUGUUGACGCGUUUGGCUCGGGGACGUCCUCAUACCCGUCAGUGACAUCCUCGUUUGUGUCUGCCUCGUCAUCAUCGCAGGCAUCCUCGUUUGUACCCUCUACAGCACAAUCCGGUGUAGCUCCUUACAUGAUCCAGAUCGGCUCCAUGCCCAUUCCUUUCAGCAUGGGCUCGCUCGGGCAGGAUGAAAACAGUUCCGGGUCUCAGCUGCCCGUUUUCCAGUUCGGGCAGAUUGGCGUGCCCGCGUCGUCUCCUUCGCCGAUCUUAGACGGAUCCAUGGCCGAGGCUCUGCUAGGUAUAAAUGUGGGGGUGCAUGUAGGCGCAGGGGUGGGGGAACCAGUGGAAGGGGUAGAUGCAGCAGUAGUGGCUACUGUGAACGGCGCAAAUCAGCCAAGGCAGCAGCAGGUUUUGCGAGAUCCUUCCGUGGUUGGAGCGGGUGGCGAACCUGCAAGUGAGGCUCGGAUGGAUUCCCGAACCUCCCCCUCCAUGCCUCUCUACUCUGGUCCGGGUACGGGAGGGAUGGCUAGGCAUGAAGCAGCAGGCGGUGCUGCUGCUGCGCCGGGGAGAGCAGGGGGAGCAGGAGGAGCAGCAGUAGGAGCGGUGGGGGCUGUGGGAGGAGGAGUAGGAGCAGCAGCAACAGGAGCAGCAGCAGGAGCGGGAGGGAUAGGGGCGGUAAGAGCAGUAGGUCCAACAGUUGGAGCGUCUGCCAUCCUGCCUCUCCCUGUGUCUGCUGGUGCUGGUGCUGGUGCUGGUGCAUCGCAGCAGCAAGGUAGCAGCAGGCUGCAAAGCACCGGGCGAGGAGGACCUGUGGGGCGCACUGUUCCUGCUGGUGUAGGUGCGGCUGCUGCUGGUGCUGGUGGUGGUGGUCGUGGUAGUGUCGGGGCUGCGGCAAAUGCAUCUGCAGCAAGUGCAGCAGCAGCAGCAGCAGGUGCAGCAGCAGCAGCGGGAGCGGGGCGAAUUGGCAGAGGCGGGCUGGACAGGGAAGCAACAGGUGGAGGCUCGGGGGUAGAAGUUCUGGGCUAUGGCCCUCGAUCAUCAGGGGGGGAGGAGAGGGGAGGCAGGGGAUCGAGCUGAUGUCUGGCAAUGGCCCUGCGCAAGGGGUCGAUUUAGUAUGGGGCAAGGGUGACGAGGUGGUGCUUCUUUGAAUCAGCAGGGAGGCAUGCUGAGUCAGUGGCAUGGGGGGUGUAGAGAGGGUUUAGGGAGGGUUGUGUUGUGUGAGACCAGUUGAGUGAGAGAAGGCAGUGCAGUGGAUACAGGUGUGGCUGCCUGGUCUCAGCACUGAAGUAUGGUGUGGUGUGUCUGUUUGUUGUGGGUCAGGUCGUGUGCUGUUAGGCAGGAUGUGCUUGUAACAGGUCGUGUGCUGUUAGGAGGCAGGAUGUGCUUGUAACAGGUCGUGUGCUGGUGUGGCAUCUUGCAGACUUGCACCCUGAUACUGCAGUAGUGUUUGCACAAGCUUUGCACCAGCUUUGCGCCAGCUUUGCACCAGCCUUGCGCCAGCUUUGGGCAUCACAUCAGCGCUGUAUGCGUGGCGCUGUCGCAUUUGCUUGUGGCGAGGUAGGGUGGAAUAAUCGUUGUGGUGCAGUCAUGCAGUUUGAUUGAAUGGGGCAAUCUUGGAGGAAACUGAAGUUAGUUCGGCUUGUUGGCUGGAGCAAUGAUAUUGCUGAAAGACACUUGCGUUUGCUUCUACCAGUAGUGCAUUAGCAGGAAGGUCACGGGAUGUGGUUGUGCAACAUCAGCGUAGUAUAGUGCAAU